GGCGCUAGGGCUGCAGAUAAGGCAGUUGCCAUGGUGAUGAAGGAGAUACCAAGGGAGGAGUCAUCAGAAGAGAAACCCCUCCUCACUAUGACAUCACAGCUGGUAAAUGAGCAGCAAGAAAGCAGACCCCUCCUGAGCCCCUCCAUUGAUGACUUCCUCUGUGAGACAAAAUCUGAAGCAGUGUCUCGACCGAUAACUUCUAACACAGCAGUUUUGUCAACAGGUCUAGAUCUCUUGGACCUUACAGAACCAGCAAUAGAAACCCAAAGCAAACUAAAGAAGCCAGAACUCCAUUCAAGAAGUGAAGGAUUAAAGGUGCUCUCUCUCAGAAGAAAGACUGAGUCAACUGACCUCAUCAAAGUGGACACUGAACAAACAAUUAAGAACAUUCGAAUUUUAGAGAAAGAGAGGCUUACAUCAGAUUCAGUGCCUGCAGUAAAAAAGCAGCCACAUUCAGAGAAAUGGGAUGAAACGAGUUUACAUGGAGACAAAAACAGUAAGAACAAGUGGACAGCCGAAAGGAAACAUUCUUCUAGAGCUGGGUCAAAUGACCUGUUAUGGCCUACAGUGAACAGAUCACAAACGGAAAUCAACAGUGACAAGAAUGCUUUGGAAUCAAACUCUUGUACUGAUCUGGAACCAGUGCCUUCAACACAGACAAGACUUACAAAAGAGAAUCGCUGGGGAAGUGCAUUUCUGUCUCGAAAUCAGUCUUUAGAGGAGGAAUUUGAGAAAGCAAAAGCAGCUGUUGAGUCUGACACUGAAUUCUGGGACAAAAUGGAAGCUGAAUGGGAGGAAAUGGCUCGGCGAAACUGGAUCGCAGAUGAACAUCACUGUCCAGUUCAAAAUAUUGUUUCACCAUAUGAGAAGGGCUAUUAUUUCCAUACGGAUAACCCUUUCAAAGACUUGCCAAAUGCUUUUGAGGAAGGGAUUAGAAAGCUGAAAGAAGGUGACCUUCCUAAUAGUAUCCUGCUAUUGGAAUCUGCAGUUCUCCAGGAAAAUUAUGAUGCCGAGGCCUGGCAACUUCUAGGAACAACCCAAGCAGAGAAUGAAAAUGAACAAGCAGCAAUUGUUGCACUCCAAAGGUGUCUAGAGAUACAGCCCAACAAUCUGAAAGCUCUCAUGGCUUUGGCUGUGAGCCUUACUAACACAGGGCAACAACAAGAAGCUUGUGAAGCAUUGAAGAACUGGAUCAGGUUCAAUCCUAAAUACAAACACCUCAUGAAGAUCAAAAUAGGGUCACCAGCUUUCAGCCGAAGAAUGUCCUGUGCAGCAAACAGCAGUUCCAUCCUGGUAGAAGUGAAAGAACUGUAUUUGGAGGCAGCUCGGCAGAACUCUGAUGUGAUAGAUCCUGACUUGCAGACGGGCCUUGGUGUUCUUUUUAACCUGAGUGGAGAGUAUGACAGAGCUGUAGAUGCAUUCCAUGUUGCCUUGUCUGUAAGGCCAGGGGAUUAUCUAUUGUGGAACCGUUUGGGUGCAACGCUAGCCAAUGGCGAUCGGACUGAGGAGGCAGUGGAAACAUAUACCAGAGCUUUAGAAAUUCAACCAGGUUUCAUUAGGUCCAGAUACAACCUAGGAAUCAGUUGUAUUAACCUGGGAGCUUACAAAGAGGCUGCUGGCAAUUUUCUCACAGCUCUAGGUAUGCAGAGACAGAGUAGAAGUUGGCAACUAUCAAAUCAAGUCAUGUCUGGCAAUAUAUGGGCAGCACUUCGCAUAGCACUUUCUAUGAUGGACCAACCAGAGUUGUUUCAAGCAGCAAAUGUUGGCGAUCUGGAUACAUUAAUGAAAGCCUUCAAUUUAGACUUGUGAAAAGACUAUGUAUAUAUUUCAUGGCAAUCCAAAGAUCAAAAGGAAAGUGAUGAAUCUGAAACACAGAGGAAGAGAUUUUAUUUUUAUUUUUAUUCAUCCGGAUAAGGGAGCAUUAACAGAAAAGUGUGGUAUCAACAAAAUCUGGAAGCACAAAUUGCAGAAUAAAAAUGCAAUAAAAUACUUGAAUUACCAGAUAAAUGCAAUUCAGAAAGUGAGAUAAGAUGAAUCUGCUAACAUGGAUUGGAAAUUAUAUUGUCUUUGUGACAGUUCAUAUAAGCAGACAAUAGACUUCUUUGCACAACUGCGGUUGCUGACAUGCCAGUCAACAAUUCUGAAAUGAAGUCAUUGCAUGCGGUAACAAUUAGGUAAUCUUACAAUACCUCUACUGUCUAUGUAAUUAUCUGCUUGUUGAAUAUUCUAAAGGGGGCAAACUGGGGGAAAAUUCUUCCUUAAAAGGAUAAUUCUUCACAUUCAUGUCUACCUUGUACAUUAUGCAGUGAAGGUAUCACCAAAAUAUUUAAUAAUGUUCCUGCACGUAUCAGUUGUGAAUGUGUACAAUAACUAAAUAGUACAAAAAUAUGCAUUUAAUUCAAGAAUUAAGACCACUGGUUGAUAACCAAAAGGCAGAAUUGUGUUCAUAAAAAUAAUUUUUGUACUAUACUCCCAUAUAAUCAUUUCUGAUUCCAGCAAUUAGAUUUAAUUGGGAUCAACAAACCGAAGCCAGCAAGAUCCUGAUAACCAGUGGAAUUGUUUAAUACAUGUUUAGGGAAGUAAAGAGGAUAUAGCCAUUUUGGUAGAAUGGACCAAAUUCAACCCUCUAAGGAUUUAAUAUUUUAUUCAGCAAGCCAAGAUUUGAAAGUGAAAUUGCCAUGUUAUAGUAAGAAUAACAUAGAUUUUAUAAAUAAUGCAGUUGCAAAAUUUGCACAGAUUUUAAAGCAUAAGAAAAACUGUUACAGAAAUUUAUUGGGUAGCACUUUAGUCUUCUAGACAAUAUGUAAUGAGUUUUGAAUUAUUUUUUCUAGAUAGAGUAAUACUAUUUCUAACUUUGCUAGACAAAAAUAUGAGCACUACCAGAAUGAUCAAUUGCUUACUAUUUGUUUCUAUUUUUAAAUGCAUGUUACAGAGUUAAGGAAUAUGCUGAUAUUUUGAAAUAUAAUUAACCUAAUAUGUUUAUGAACUGUAUUCCAUUAUACGCAUCAAUGCCUAUAUGUAAAGAUGCAGUAGCUUUUUUUAAUUUUAUAUAUAUAUAUAUAUAUAUAUAUAUAUAUAUAUAUAUAUAUAUAUAUAUAUAUCAUGCCAGAGAGAAACAUUUGCAACUAUGUUUAUAUAACUUGCAUAUAAAUCAUCUUAAAAGACUGAUAUAUGGAGUGCCAACUAUUUUAAACAUCGCACACAGAAUGUUAAAGAUUUUCUUUCAUUAUGGAGCAAUCUAAAUUGUAUUAAUUUUUACAUAGUUAAGUGAGAUGGUGAGGCCAGCAGUAAAGAACCCAUGAAAAUAUUAAUGUUUUGGCAUUUUGUGUAAUGAUAUUUUCUCCUUGCUGCCAUAUUGUAUGCCUAUGUAUAUCCAAACAGAGGUAAAAGGAAUCCCUGUCUAUCAUCAAAUUCUGUUAGGAUGUCCCCAAGAUGUACAGGCCCUACACAUGUAGAAAACCUGUGAUCUCACAGGUGCUCUUACUAAGAAUUCUUCAGUGAAUCAUCUGUGAGGGUCAUUUCACUUACAUAAUUUUUUUCAAGCAGCAACUGAAGUUAAAGUCAUAUCCAUCCCUUGCAGACGUAGAGUGCUGGAGUAACUAUUUUGACUGGCCUUGUAUAAACUUGACACACGUUAAUUCCAUGGAUAAAGCACUUCCUGAUCUUGACAUGGUCCAUUGUUGCUAGUAUUAGUAGAUCUUUUCAUAUCACUACCAUAUCCACUAAUGCACCUCCAUCAUUUCAAAGGUAAAGGUAAUUUGUCCUUUUAAGCCACAUUGUAAAAUUCAAGAGCUGUUCCAUAUAAUUCUCAGUUAUUGUCCCAUGAAUGGUUUCAUUAGAGAUAACACUAACUUGAUACUCAUCCAUUUGAUUAAAUGAUGAUCAGUUACCUUCUGGUAUUGCUUAAGUUAGGAGGCAACGUACAAUAUCUUAAAAGAAGUGAGUGUGGUUAUAAAGGCUGCCUUACUCAGCCUAUUUGUUGAUGGAUCAGAAUGAUUAAGACGUAGCUUGCAGUCUUAUUAGGUAGCAACUAGGUUCCAAAUAUCUGGCUUGGUACUGGUGGUCUGUUUGCCCAUUGCUUUACACAGACAGCCUCAAAUAAAGCCAAGUAGUCAAACAUAGGAAGGGAAACUUAUGUGUAGAAGAAACAUAGAGUUUUUGUGACUUUAUCACAUGGUGGGGGGGUUGUACUUGUGAUUUCAACCUUGGGAGCAGAGUUUCCACUGCUGCACUAAAUGCCAAGAAUUUAUCACAUCAGCUUAUAUGAUGCUUCAGUUCCGGGCACAUCCCUGAACAUCAGCAACACAAGCCACAGUUACUGACACCUUUUUAGUUUGACCGACGAGGAGCAGUGCAGGCCAUAUCAAAGCAGGGCUUGCUUUGCAGCUUUCUAUGACCCACAGUAUCAGGCCUCAUUCAGCCAGACAGUUUGGUUGGAUCAAACAUUCCAAACUCUCAUUUAGAAGAGGGUCUGUUAUACACAGUGAGAAAAUCAUUUCUGCAGCCUUUCCAAAGUAGUAAUAGUAGUGGUGGUAGAGGCAAUGCAGCAACAGAAUUUGAGAAUAUAUGGGACAGACUUGAGAUAGUUCUUAUGGGAGGUGAAAAAAAUGAAAAAUAAACCGUUGGUUAAGUAGAAUAUUCAGGUAAUCCAAACAGUGGUGAAUGGAGUCCCUAUCCACCAUCAAAUUCUGUUAGCAUGUUCCCAGGAUGUACAGGCCCUACACAUGUAGAAAAGCCUGUAAUCUUGCUACUUGAGGUCAGUUAUGUGGCUUCUUUUCUUUCAAUAUCUAAUUAUUAGAAUUCAAAGUUAAGACUAAUCAAUGGUUCAAAAAUGUGAAAUUGUUUACUAAAGUUCCCAUUGCUGGUUGUACUGCAUUGUAAUGUGUGGUAAAUGAUAGACUGCAGCUCAUAAUUAUGAAAGAUUGGAUUCAGAAUUUCACAACCAAAAUGUCAAAUAAUGUCAAUAUUAACAUUUUGACAGCUUUGUGUAUUGUGUGAAAGUCCCCACAGCCAUCCUGCCCACCUUACUUAUUAUUCUUAAUAAUGAAUAGAAAGAAAGAGGAAAUUCUCCCUCAGUUUAACUUUUGUGCUCUGAAAUUCCAUCAUGAGGACUUCUGAAUGAUGAUAUAUUUCCCAUGUGGUACUGGUGGUAUGAUAUUCUCUGCAGAAAGGAAGUCUGACAUCAUUUAGCACUAUUACAGUAGACUCAUGUGAGGUAGUUGAAAAAGCUGUGUAUAAGAUGUUCUGAUGUGUCAUAUCAGCAGUGAAGGAUUAAAUAAUGCCUAGAAAUACAAAGUUUAUCCAGUGACCUAAGUAGACUGUAUUGACAAAAAUGUUAUAUUUUGUUUUGUGAUAUGCUGAAACAUACUUAUGCUGGACUCCUCAUUGAGCAAAUCUAUAGUUUCUUGCAUGUUUGCUACUUAAUUCCAGAAAUGAGAAAUUAACAAUCAUCACGAGACUACAGAUAUGCCAUGAUUAAGGUACAUUAUUAGUAAAAAUUCAAGGAUUUUCUAAUGCCAAGGGAUAUGAUUAGUGUCUUUCUCCAUGAUGUAUGCUACCUCUUAAAUUCCAGAACAUUCUUAUAAUGCUGCUUAUUUCUCUAGGUUACUGCAUCUUUACAUUUCUGGCAGGUAAAACAUGACUCAAGCAUUCUAUGUCAUUGAUAUUCUGUAAAUAAAUGGAUAAAUGCAAUUUAUGAAGAAACCAUAAAUCCUUUUUGUAGACGUGAUACUAUUUUCUCAGGUAAUACAGUAGAAGAUGCAUGCAUUCAGAAUUAAGGUAAUGGAAACAGGAGUUGGACACCAUCUCUGAUUUCCAGUAUGGCAAGAUGAUGUCAAUAUACAAAUGAUUUAUGAGAAGAUUCUUCACUGAAGUACUUCUAAAUUAACGUUAAGGGUUUAUUGUCAUUAAUAAGUUCUAGUUUUUAGAGUAGCUACAUUACAUUUCUGAGAAAACAGUCAUAGCAACUCCUCACAUUUUAUUGCAAGUUAGCUUGCUAACUCCUUCUGUUACAAAUAUAAUUGCUUGGUUUUGGCAUAUCUGCAAAAUGGUCUGUAUUAGCAUCAUACCUGUAUAAAGAAAGCUUAUCACGCACACUAGCAGUUUUUGAAGUUUCAUGAAGAUGAUGCUGAUACAGUUCUCAGUUCCUCAAACAGUUAACUGCUCCACCCACCUCUACUGCGAAAUCUACAGUAUCAGGCUUUUGAAGCAUUUGGAGGCAUCCUUUAUAAAUUUACCAGAUUUACAAGCAACGCAAUUAAAUCUUCAGACCAUUUGCCACAGGAAUACAAAGUUCUGCUUAACAACUGGUUUUGAAAUAUUAUUUGGACUUUCACAAGUUCAUAAUAUUCUUGUUACUUUCUUUCUCCCCAACAAAUGUUAUUUCUAAUGUAUACAGUGCAUUGUUUUUAUUAAAUUAAAAUAAUUGUUCUGUUUUAGAAA